UCUACGCGUUUAUUGUUUAUUUCAAGUACUCCAAAAAAUUCUUUUGUCUAUGAAUGCAAUUCUAAGUCGACGGUUACCAGUGAAAAUGGUUUUCGAACCUGGUAAGGCAGCUCUGACUUCAAACCAUUCAAUUGCAUCAGGUUGUCGAGUGUUAGCAGCUCCUUUAGCUGCUAAUGGAAUUGAACAUCGAUCUUCCUAUGAUGAAGCAAUUCUUGCUUUAAAUCAGUUACAAACAAACUCAGUGACACUGAAAGAAUCAAUUGGUCGAACGCAUAGCACGCAAAGCACUCAUGUUAAGGAAACACAACGGUAUUUGGAAAAAAUUGGUGUGACACUUGAAGGCUUAGAUGAACUUUCGGUGAUUCACGUCGCGGGAACUAAACUCUCGGUUGUUUUUAUCACUUUUUUUUCAACGACAUAACCUUAUUUUCUAUGUACAUUGGCAUUUUUUUGGGAACUAAGGGAAAGGGAUCAACAUGUGCCCUCGUCGAGUCAAUCCUUCGAAGCCUGGGCGUUAGAACGGGUUUCUACAGCUCACCACACUUGAUAAAUGUUACAGAACGCAUACGUUUGGAAGGCGAGCCCAUAUCGAAGACGCUAUUUUCGCAAUACUUUUGGAUAAUUUACAGUACACUGAAGGAAACAAAAGAAAAUGAUCACGAUAUGCCGCCCUAUUUCAAGUUUCUCACAAUUAUGGCCUACUAUAUAUUUCUAAAAGAAAAAGUUGAUGUAGCUAUAGUCGAAGUUGGUAUUGGGGGCGAGUUUGAUUGUACAAACGUUCUGCGAAACACAAAAACCGUCGGCAUCACAUCGCUUGGACUUGAGCACACCCAACUGCUCGGUACUUCCUAUAGAGAGAUUGCUUGGCAAAAAAGCGGCAUCAUUAAAUAUGGUUCAAGUGUCUUUUCAACCUAUCAAAAUGAUGAGUGUAUUCCAACAUUGCUAGAGCGGGCCCGUGAAAAAAAUGCCAAUUUGAAGUUCAUACCCGACUUCACGGCAUAUAAAAAUAAAUGCCACAAUGAAAAAGUGUUCGCUGAAAUUGCUUCCCAUCCAACAAAAUUAAGGAAUGCGUCUUUAGCAAUUGAACUUAGCUAUGACUGGAUCCGGAAAAAUCCUCAGAAAGUAAAACGAAAAUCAAUUUACAAUAAAUUAAAUAGCUCUGUGGAUGGAUUGCAUUUGCCAAUUGAAAUCACCAACGCGUUAGCAAAUUGCUAUUGGCCUGGUAGAUGUCAAACAUUACACCAACGCAAUAUGACACUGUACAUUGACGGAGCACACACGAUUGACAGUCUACACCUAUGUAUUGAUUGGUUUAUCAACAAAACGCAAUUGAGCACUGAGAAGAAAUUCCUGUUAUUUAACAUAACUGGAGGUCGAAACGCAAACGACAUGUUGGAUGUUAUUAACGCUAAAACGAAAUUUUACCGAGCUAUCUUCACCCCCAAUGUCUCAACACUAUGCUCUCGAGCUGCCAGAG